AUGUUACGGCGAGGCGUGUCCAAUGAAAGCGAACAGGGCCAAAAUGUCACGGUCGCGAGGAUAGAGCAAUCUUUGCAGGAUCUUGAACAGAUGACCGAGGAUGAUCAUGCGGUUACCGUGAGAUGGCUGUUACACGAUGCCAAGAAAGCUGCUAAGAAUACGGAUUCGGCGUUUGUCGAUAAAGUUUCUCCUUUUGAUUCAAUGAAACCUAUCCACCUUUCAGCCGGUGGUACUGUUCCUGAUGGGUCUGCUACUGUUAAACUAGAGUCUCACGUCAACAAAAAGAGCAAAGCGGGCAAAAUCAGAUCUCAGCUCAUUACAAAAAUCAUAAAAAGCGAUACUGCCCGCGUACCAAAGUAUAGUUUCCAUACGACAGUCAGACGGAAUAUUCUUACCAUGGAUGACGAAAGACUCAGGUUCAUCCCUUACAUGGGAGAUGCUGAGGGAUCAAAAAAGAAAAAUGCCAGACUGAUACAUGAGCUAGAGCAAGCGUACAGUCCGAAACCGUCCACCUCAAGCCGGGAGUCUGAGUGGUCAUCGCAAGUUCGCGCGUGUCUUGAAGCUUCUUUAGAAAAGUUAGGUCUCGAAAUAGGCCAGGAUAAGCUUAUACAGUAUCUCCUCGACCAGGGCAGGAAUCGCUCGAGGGAUAGUGAGAUAGAGAAACGAACCAUCCACGAAUCUUUUGAGUUGCCAUUAGAACCUCGUGAAAGGGAAUUGGCCAAAAUGGUUUCCCAAGCGUUUCGGAAAGUCUAUGAUCGCCCCCUGGAGGAUAUCCUGCUUUCCGAGGAACAUCUCAAAGAACUAGCUGAGCGAAGAAACUCGAACCAGGACAAGCCGGGGAGAACACCAACAAAAUCCCAACUAAGCCAGACUGACAUCAACAAAAUGGAAUCGUCAGCCGAGCCAUGUCCAGAUCGACUGGGGACUUAUACUACCCUUAUAUGCUUGAUCUGCGGGGCAGCAAGCUGUCAGACCCAUGGCGAUUCUGCUAGGGACGAGAACGCUCCAGGGUAUCAAUAUGUGCAUCAACCACUAGUGACGACUUACCAAGAUAUUCUACGAAAACAGGAUGCACGAAUUGCCGCAAAAGCAGGACAGCCCGACUUUAGCACCCAAGUUGACACCCCCUGUUCGUCGGAGUGCUAUCUAGUAUCCCGUUAUGAUGAUUCCGCGUACAAGCUCCCAGCAGAAGAUAUUUCCACGAUUGAGAGUAUGGUCAUCAGUCUGAGAGAUAAGAAAAGACGAGCAUGUACGAUUGCUUUCUUCAUGGAUCUUCCUUGCUGGAAGGUCCAUAGCGAAAUCAAACAUAUGGAGCCUCGAAGUGUCGAAUUGCCUUCGAAGAAUCGGGCAAGACAACCGGAUUGGUAUAACAACCAGAAGAAAACUCUCAAAUGGGACUGGCAGGAUAUGACGACUGCACAUCUUCAUCAAGAGAGGUGUCAAGCAAACCCAUGUGCCCACGAGGGCCCAUGCCAAAAAGGCUGCCCCUGUUUUGAUUCGCAACUUCUUUGCGAAAGUAUCUGUGGCUGUUCCGACGACUGCCCACGAAAGUUCACAGGGUGCCCAUGUCACUCGAAUGGUAUCGUAUGCGUUUCUGACAGCUGCAUUUGCAUACAGAUGAAUCGCGAAUGUGGCCCUCAGUGCUCUUCUUGCGGCGCAAUUCCCCGCAUCAACCCUGAUAACAGAUACCAAGAUGAUCUAUUUACGACCGGCUGCCAGAAUAUACAUCUACAGCGAGGUGUGUCUCCAAAAUUGAUUCUUGGUGAAAGCCAGCUAGAGGGCGUCGGGUUUGGGUUGUACGUGGGUGAACCGGUCCGGAAAGGGGAAUACCUGGGUGAAUACGCGGGCGAGGUGAUCUCUUUUCUGGAAGCCGAUCGCCGCGGCAUCAUAUAUGACCGGAAGUACCUCUCCUUUCUGUUUGAUCUCAACAGCGAGUGGGCCAUUGACGCUGCUCGUCUGGGAAACAAGACCCGCUUCAUAAACCAUGCCGAUAACGACAAGGACGGCUUAAAUUGCGAAGCCAAAAUAGCCCUUGUGAACGGCGAACACAGAAUAAAAUUUUUGGCACUAAGGGACAUAAAAGUAGGGGAAGAGCUGCUAUUCAACUACGGAAAAAAAUUCGCAGACAAACAUGGGCUAAAUAAAAAGCUUCCGAAGGCCAAGGAGGAUGGCAAGAGGGGAGUAGUCGUUGGCGAAGAGGCUCUAGAGGCUCUUGAUGGGUUAAAUCCCGCGAAUCGGGCCACGAGGGGCAAGAUGACGGCUAUUAGAGGCGGCCACGGGGGUGGCAGAAGCAGGAAGGCCAGAAAGACAGCCCCGGUCCAGGGGAUUCCGGUGGAAGUCGAGCAAGGGGCUGACGAGGACAGCGAUUUUGCCGUGCCACAAGAUGAGGACGAUGACGACGAUGAAGAUAUCACGGACCGGCGAAGGAAGCGGAAGAUUACCCGGCCGCUGAGAUAUACACGCUAG